AUAAUUAACGCGCGAAGCGAUUACGAUGCUGAUUUCUUAUCAAAAUUAUGUAAAACUUUACUUUUAUUAUUUUUUAUUUUUUAACUUGGAGCUAUAAUAAAAUACAAUAGUUUUGCUCUAUAAUGAUAGCGUAACACCACGCCUGUAUUGUGACGAAUAUUUAUUAGCCGCAUUCAGUCACGAGAGCGGUGCGAAGUGGUGAACACACCCGCUCCCGAACGCACCUAGUCACAUUGGCUGUCAAAAAUGACCGAAGUCACACGGAAGAAAACUUUUUUGGGUUUUGAUUUUAGUACACAAAGGCUCAAGGCAUUAGUAAUAGAUGAGGAGUAUGGAAAAUUGCAAGAGGCAGAUGUUGAAUUUGAUGUUGAUCUUCCAGAGUUCAGGACAGCCGGUGGGGUGCGGCGAGGGGAGCGAGGUGAGGUGACGGCACCGCCACUGUUAUGGGUCAAGGCCCUUGACAUGGUGAUGGACAGGCUGAUAGUUGCUGGAGUAGACUUCUCCACCGUUGAAGCACUGUCUGGUGCAGCACAGCAACAUGGCUCAGUAUGGUGGUCCAAAGAUGGUGAAACCCGCCUCUCGAAACUGUCUUCCGAGGAGUUCCUGCACACGCAACUGGCCACUGCCUUUGUGGCUGACUCACCGGUGUGGAUGGAUUCCAGUACUACAGUGGACUGCAGAGCGCUUGAGGAGGCAGUUGGAGGUUCGGAGAAGCUCGCCAAAAUCACCGGUUCCACCGCCUACGAGCGUUUCACAGGCUCUCAGAUCCGUAAAAUGUUUCGUACCAAGCCCAGAGUAUACCAGGCGGCUUCCAGGAUAUCCCUAGUCUCCUCAUUUGCUUGUAGCUUGUUCCUGGGACGGAUAGCUGAGAUAGACUUGUCUGAUGGGUCCGGGAUGAAUCUCCUUGAUGUCCAUAGCAAGAGUUGGAGUGAGGAGUGCCUUAAGGCAUGCGGCGAUGAAACAUUAGCAGAUAAACUGGGUACACCGGUACCCACGGCGAGCGUGCUAGGCGCCAUCGCGCCGUACUUCGUGGAGCGAUACGGAUUCAAACCCGAGUGCCAAGUGGUCGCAUUCACGGGCGACAACAACUCUGCUCUUGCGGGUCUUCACCUCCGGCCUGGCUGGGUAGGCCUCAGCCUUGGGACAUCAGACACACUCCUCCUCGGCCUCGACCAAGCGCAGGCCCCUCCCGCGGGACACGUCCUUGUUGGACCAGCCCAGGCUCCUUAUAUGGCCUUACUGUGUUUCGCCAACGGGUCACUCACUAGGCAGAAUCAUAGGGAUAGGUUAGCUGGAGCUAGUUGGGAUGCCUUCAACGACCUUUUGAGAGCUACAGUCAGAGGAAAUAUGGGAUAUAUGGGUAUCUACUACGACACAGCGGAGAUCGUCCCGCGCUGCGCCCCGGGCCGCCGGCUGGAGGCGAGUCCCGGGCGCGCGGUGCCGGCGCCGGCGCCGCAGUUCGAAGCGCGCGCUCUGCUCGAGGGCCAGGCGUUGGCGCGGCGGGCUCACGCCGAGGACAUGGGCUUCCAUCUCGAUGAAAACUCCCGUUUGAUCGCCACGGGAGGCGCGAGCGUGAACAAGGAGCUCCUGCAAAUUUUCGCCGACGUGUUCAACACGCCCGUUUAUGUUCAGGAGCAGCACGCGAACGCUGCGCUCCUAGGAGCCGCCAUCCGCGCCGCCGAAGUGUGGAGCGCUAAGACGGGAGUCUCUCUUACUGGUUCAGAGCCCACGGUAGCCCCGGUAGCCACUCCGUACCCCGACGCGGAGAAAAUCUACACGCCCAUGCUCGCCCGCUACCGCAAGAUGCUUGAAGACAUUCCUAAACUACAAUAACCGCUAACGUCUAACACUGCAUAUCAAAGCUAAUUUAUAAUAAGAGAUAAUCAGCCGCAGUAAAAAAAGCUACACCAAACUUGUACCCUUAUCAUGAGUCAUGACAUUUAUGUUAUGUUAAUGUGUUCAUGUAUUGGUGCAAGCGAGAUGCAUUUUUAGUGAGCUUACUUACUUACUUAGUGAGUAGAGCCGCAGUGAACUCAUGGUAACGGUACUGCUAAGGUAAAAUGUAAGAAAAAGUUAAAGCUUCGCUAAAUAACAGUCAAAUAUUUUCAAAUUACAUACUAGGAGGAUAUAACCAAACGGAGACGCCAUGUCUGUAAUUUUCUGUACAAAUAAGUCUAUCGAUUUUUGCGGGGGAGGGUAACGUCAAAUGUAUAGUGUUGCCGUUGCCAGAUCGUCCCAAAUAGGACGUUUUUCCGUCCUUUUUAAUGCCACACCGUCCCUUUGUCGUCCCUUCCGAACUACCGUCCCUUUUGGGCAUCAAGCGUCCAGUAUAAAAGAUUUUGAAAAUCUUUACCGAAAUACGGUCCAUUGACGGUAAAUAUCGAGUACCUAAGUAGCAUUUGCCACUGUUGCCAGAUCGUCCCAAAUAGGACGUUUUUCCGUCCUUUUUAAUGCCACACCGUCCCUUUGUCGUCCCUUCCGAACUACCGUCCCUUUUGGGCAUCAAGCGUCCAGUAUAAAAGAUUUUGAAAAUCUUUACCGAAAUACCUUCCAUCGACGGUAAAUAUCGAGUACCUUAGUAGCAUUUGCCUAUUUAUUUGUCUAUACAUCGAUCAUUUGCCUGUUUUGAAGAAGCUUGAUGUACUAACGACACACUAAAAUUGAUAGUUUUGACUAUUAGCAUUGAUCGCAGGUACACAAAUUAUGAUAAAAAUGUUCCAACUUUGUUUUCGUCCCAUUGUGAUAAAAACCGUCCCUUUUUAGAUUACACAGUUUUAGAAACUGGGGAUACGGGCUGGUAACACUAUUGUAUAUGUAACGUAAAAAUGUCAGAUAAACGUCAGUCCAUACAUUGCGUAUGACCAUUGGCAAAGAUAGAUAUAACUCCGUAAUAGAUGGAUACAGUCUAAGGAAAAAAACGUGCCUCUCAAAUCACGAAAAUUUGUUUCUCGAUCAGAUGGCGCCACUAGUUUUGGCCAACUCUCGUAUAGAGGGCGUUGACUGUUUCGUUUGUUAUUUAUAAUUUUAACGCAUACCAGUGAAAGAACAUGGGUCAAAAUCAUAUAAAAAUAAUUAAUGCAAGUAAAAAAAUGAUUUAUCCAUAUUUAAAUACAUUUUAACGUAUUUUUAUAAAUCUUCAUUUUUAGUUUUAAAGUAUGUCGACAGAUGUCAGUGAAUUUACAGUGGUUUAAAAAAUUUACUAUGAGAGUACCGCUCUAUCUUAUUAUAUCCUCAUUGCCAUUGGUCAUAGAGUUUCGACAGAGGGGAACGCCUGUUAAUGGCUACUCCGUUUGGUUAUAUCCUCCUAGAUUACAUACGAUAAUAUACAAAUAGGUCGACAAAUACUUUGGAAAUAAAUUAAAAAUUAUUCCACAAUAUACAUUCCUAAUGCCCAAAUACAAGAGCUAAGUAAAAGAAUAAAAUAACAAUCCAUUACUAUGUAAACCUUGAAAUAUGUAAUGUUCAAAGUUUAUGUAAACUCCACUUUAACCUUUUCGACGUCAAACACAAAAGCUGUCACUCGGACGCGGUCAAAACUGAAAUUGAACUUUAUGCACAUGCACGUAGGUCUAUGUUGCUCUGUGUUCUGUGACCGAUUAAUCCGUCUUUGGCGUUGGACCUGCGGUGCCGAUAUAUCCGUCAUUGGCGUCCAAAGGGUUAAGACUUUAAUUGCCUAAUUUCAGGCAUUUUUGAUGUUGUUUUAUAAUAUAUUGUCUCUCUGUUAUACAUAGAGCACUGACCUAUAUUAACGUAUCAAAGAUACACUUAUAAUACAUAUGUAUGCACUUUUUGCACUAUUGUUAGCUGUGAGAUUUUGGUAUGAAUUUCUGGUCUAUAAGUUCCUUUGAAUUGAGUGAUAUAAUUUAUCUAUACUAUCUAGAAUAUAUAUCUGAAAGAAGGACCAAAACGGAAUGUUUGAAUAAUGCUCAAGAUAGCUGACAGCUCUUUUUAUACUCAGAAAAGCAUAUUUUGUGAAGUGAUGGAAGCUGACAGUGAGAAUAUACUAAGUAAAACUGAUUAUAUGACAUAAAUUGUAUGGAAAAGACAAAUGUGUCAAGUUUGUCAAACAACUCGAUUAACCCCUUGAGUCGUGAGGAGCGUUAGCAUCCAAAAUGACAUUCAAAUUUCUAUUUUAAAUUUAAAACCUCAAGGUAGUUUUAUGAGUGGCAAAUGCAGACCCAAGUCUCCCGGGGUUAUUCCAUUUGCAGAUUAACUCGCCCCGCCAGAAAUGCAACAUCACGAAGUAAUAGGGUGCCGUAAAAUGGUACUACUUUGCUCCUUGGUGGGAGCUCCAAUUAAAAAACAGACAGACGCAGGAGUGAUCCUAUAAGGGUUCCGUUUUUUCCUUUUGAGGUACGGAACCCUAAAAAAAGGCCUUAAUAUAUUAGAAUAUAUCCAAUCAUAUUAUGUCUAUAUUAUUAUUUAUAUACUCAGAUAAAUGUAUAUAUAUUUUGAAUUGCUACGUUUGUUAUAAAACGUAUCUAUCUUUUUUGGCGGGGCCUAUUAAAUUGGCACACAAUGGGGUAACUUUGCACCCCUAAGUAAACUAUAGAUAGGAGCAAAAAUACCCCAAAUAAUGGGAAUCUUGUGCUCCUUAUUCAUAGCUUCGUUUAAUAUAAAACAACAUUUCGUAAAAUUGAUUUACCGAUAAAAAUUUGUUACUUACAUAAUAUGUUCUUCUUAAUAUUCAAUUCAUCUGAAUAUUUAAUAAUGAACAGUUUAACAAGUUAUUCAAAAUUUCCUUAAAGUGCAGGCCCUGUGCAGCAAAAAUUGGAGCAAAGUUGGACCAUUGUACGGUAUCCUUGAUGUGAUUUCCGAUGGCCUAUAUAGUAGGGAUGUUUAAUUUUUUUGACUUGGCCACGCCCUGGGGCCCGUUUCUCAAAAGCUUGUAACUUAUAAUACAAGCGGAUGUCACUUCUUGACAGCUUUUGUUAGAAAAGAACUUCCACUUGUAUUACAAGCUUUUAAGAAACGGGCCCCUGGACUUUGGUUCUCACUUUCAGCAGGCGGUAGUUUUGAGACCCCAGGCCUGGGGUGUAGGCAAAUUACAAUUUUUUCACUGGACAGUUAAACGGUUGAAUACAGAUUUACAGUGUCUGGUCUCUGCAUUUAAGUAACUUACAUUCCAUAAGUAUCACCUAGAGUGUCCAAAGCUUCCAUAAAAACCAGAUAAAAAAAAAAAAAAAAACCAUAAGUAGCAUUUAAUGUAAAUGUGCCUUUACUAAGUGUUCCGUUAUUUUAUAUGUUAACUAAUUUUUAGUUUGUGAUCUAAGAAUCUGACAUUCCAUGUGAUUACCUAAAUAUCAUAAAUGGGGCAUUGUCUAUGAAAAGGGACCUUAUUGUCGAUGGCGCUUACGCCGCACAGCGUCGCGCGGCAUUGUAUUUAUAUCGGAGCAUCGUUAAUAAUGGCGUAAGCGCCAUCGACAAUAAGGUCCCUUUUUAUAGAAAAUACCACAAAUAUACUUUUACAAAUAUUGUUAAGUUUAAUAUGAAGAUUUUUAGAAUAUAUUUACACUUUAUUUCUUUAUAUAAACUACAUCACAAGCAUAUCAAUACGUAAUGGUGCUUUGCAGUGCAAUAUUUAAUUGUAUAUUUAACAUUUUAAUAUAUUACAUAUCUAUAAAUGUAACAUGGAGCAGUGAGGCUUUUGUAAGCUUGUAUUUUUUAUGCAUUUUUAAUAAAAAAAGUAUAUCAUUGAAA